AUGGCCGCUGCGCCUCGAACCAUCUACGAUAAGUGCUUCGACGCUCACGUAGCUCACAAGACGGAGGAUGGCACAGUCAUCCUCUACAUCGACCGCCACGUGAGUGCUUGGUGGUGGCGGUGGAGGUAGCAGCGUCAGCUGACUCGAGCCGCACAUCGAUUCCAAACAGCUGGUACACGAGGUGACGUCUCCUCAAGGUAAGUAUGCGUUGGCGUCUGCGAGAGAGGAGAGCCGCUGCUCAACGUAACAUCACCUCUCCCCUCACCGCUCUUCCCACACACACGCUCAGCAUUCGAGGGCUUGAGGAAUGCCGGUCGAAAAGUUCGUCGACCAGACUGCACCUUGGCCACCGUCGAUCACAACAUCCCCACCGUCUCGCGCAAGUCGUACAAGGACAGCAAGACGUUCGUCGAGGAAGCCGACUCUCGCACCCAAGUGGUCACGCUCGAGGACAAUGUCAAGGAGUUUGGUCUAACCUUUUUCGGUCUCUCCGACGCCAGGCAAGGCAUCGUGCACAUCAUCGGCCCAGAGCAAGGCUUCACCCUGCCUGGUGCCACCAUUGUGUGCGGGGAUUCUCACACUUCCACCCACGGUGCAUUUGGCGCCCUUGCUUUCGGCAUCGGAACAUCCGAGGUGGAACAUGUGCUCGCUACGCAGACCAUUCUGCAGAAAAAGGCAAAGAACAUGCGCGUUCAGGUCGAGGGCCAGCUGGGUCCAGGCGUCAACUCCAAGGAUAUUAUCCUACACGUCAUCGGCAUCAUUGGCACUGCGGGUGGUACGGGUGCUGUCAUCGAAUUCUGCGGCUCCACCAUCCGCAGUCUGAGCAUGGAGGCACGCAUGUCCAUCUGCAAUAUGUCCAUCGAGGCAGGCGCUAGGGCGGGCAUCAUCGCCCCCGACGACAUCACGUACGAGUACAUCAAAGGUAGACCCUUGGCUCCAAAGCAAGGUCCAGAGUGGGAUGCCGCUGUGGCUUACUGGAGGUCGCUGCCAUCCGAUGAGGGCGCUCACUACGACAUUGACGUCCAGGUCAAAGCAGCGGAUAUCCCUCCUACCGUUACUUGGGGAACCAGCCCUCAAGAUGUGGCUCCCAUCACUGGCAGCGUACCGGAUCCCAAAAAUGCCAAAAACGAGACUCAAGCUAAAGCCUGGACUCGUGCUCUCGAAUACAUGGGUCUCGAAGCAAACACUCCCCUGGACAAGAUCAAGAUCGACAAGGUGUUCAUCGGCUCUUGCACCAAUUCUCGCAUCGAGGAUCUUCGACAAGCGGCUUCCAUUCUGCACGGCAAGAAAGUGGCCGAUGGACUGUACUGCAUGCUCGUGCCCGGCUCAGGGCUGGUCAAGAAGCAAGCUGAAGCAGAAGGCCUAGACAAGAUCUUCCAAGCGGCAGGCUUCGAUUGGAGAGAAGCUGGCUGCUCGAUGUGUCUUGGCAUGAAUCCCGAUCAGCUGCAGCCCGGUGAGAGGUGCGCCUCCACUUCCAACCGCAAUUUCGAAGGCAGGCAGGGCGCUGGUGGAAGGACGCACCUGAUGAGUCCUGCGAUGGCUGCUGCGGCUGCCAUCACCGGCUACCUCACAGACGUUCGAAAGCUCACAAAUGGCACGCGCGUCGGAGAGGAUGCCUCUAAGCCGGAAUACAACGUCCAGAUCACAGACGCCAAGAGCUACUUGACCGACAAGCCCCUUCCUCCACCUGCUCCCCUCAAGAGGGUGCCCGCCGAUACGGAUGAGGAUGCCAUCAGAGAUGUGCCCGCCUCCCAGACUGCUACCGCAGGUGGUGGAAUGCAAAAGUUUACAGUCGUCAAGGGUAUUGCUGCCCCCAUCGACCGCGCAAAUGUGGACACUGACCUGAUCAUUCCCAAGCAGGUGAGUAUGAAGCGUUACCGAGAAGCGCAUUGAAUGCGGCUGAAUGUUACCCUUUCCGUCCUGUGCUCGUAUCGCAGUUCCUGAAGACGAUCAAGCGCUCGGGUUUGGGCUCCGCCUUUUUCUGGCCCGCCAGGUACGACGUCAAGACGGGCGAGCCUUUGGCCGACUUUGUGCUCAAUCAAGCGCCUUUCAACAAAGCGCAGAUUCUGGUGGCGUGGGAGAAUUGGGGUUGUGAGUGCGCAUGCUAUGCAUGAAGACGAGCUCUCGACUGACGUGUGGUCAUCUCUCCGCAAUCUCAGGCGGAUCAUCGAGAGAACACGCUGCGUGGGCCAUGCUCGACUUUGGUAUUCGGGCCGUCGUCGCGCCAAGCGUUGCCGAUAUCCACAAGACCAACCUGGCCAAAAAUGGCAUCGUGGCGGCGAUCCUGGAGCCCGAAGAGGUCAAGGAGGUGAUGGAAGCAGCAAAAGCAAAGCAGGAGGUGAUUGUGGACCUCGAACAGAACAAGGUGAUUCUUCCUGAAUCUUCCAACAAGUCUUUCGAGUUCCACGUCGACUCCUUCACGAGGCACUGCCUGCUCAAUGGACUGGACGACAUUGAUCUGACCAUGGAGAAGGAGAACUUUAUCAAGAGCUUUGAGCAGGAGAGGACCAAAGACACGCCGUGGCUCGACGGAUUCGGAUACGAAGCUACGGGAGCUGCGACAAAGCUUCAGCCCGUUGUCGAUGCUGCCAAGAGCGCCGCCAAGAAGGUGACGGGCACCGAUUGGUAG